AUCGCUGUUUUCAAAAUUUGAGGGUGGGAAAGCAGCAUUAAGGCAAAGUAAUUGGUGGGAAAAGGUUGUCAGAAAAAACAGUUCCAAUGAAAUUCCGAAGAGUACUGUCAAUCAAAAUUACUGCAAUGUCUAUAUUUCAGGGAUUUGUGUAUAAAGCAACAAUUUUUGGUUUUGUAAAAGAUAGGUUUGGUUUGGGGACAUCAAACGUGUUUUUGAACGCGUUGUUCUUCUCUUUCUUGGCUUUUCUGUGUCUCUUUUCUUCCUUUAUGUCUGUUGUCACUGACCCGGGUCAUAUUCCUCCCUCAUACGUCCCUGAUGUUGAAAAUAACGUCGCCUCAGGCCAAGAAUCAAACAAACCUGUGAGUUCUUUUAUGACUCUGUUCGUAAUAUCUGUAUACAUUGCUAAACAAUUGUGGAUAAACAAUUGUGUUGGUUAUCGGAACUACAAGCCUUUUGUUCUGCUUGCAUUUGAUGCUACAAUUGGAAGCCUCUCUCUACAAGUUCCGCAGAUAAGGUCUGUAGAUGCAUAUUUUCAAGGUGGGUGUUUUGUUCUGUCAAUCAAGUCAACUCUGGUAGUCUGCUUGCUGAUUUCUGUAUUUGUUGAAGUUGUUAUACUUCGUGUCAUGUUUUAUGCAGCCUUGUCACAUUCAGAAUUUUGCUGUACCAACACCUUUUCCUUCGCCACUUAUAGCUUAGCAUUUGGAACUCUCUUUGGUUGGCACAAUUUUCUCAUCUCUAAGAAUAUGGCAACUAUAGAGUCCUAUGAAGUGGAACAAGCAGAAUGGUUGGCUAGGAAGUCUGGGCGGAGCUCUCGACAUUCAUUUAAAGUUGGUGUCCACACAAACGUAACCUUGAUAAGAGUGUCGGAAGAUGCGCACAUGGUUAUACCUCUUGGCGAUAAGCCAUCUCAAAGAUGGAACGAGCUAGCCUACGUCACCGCAUAGUUUGUAGAACCUUUCUAGUCUCCAGUAAAACCUCAUAAUCAGUGGUACCCUUGCUCUUGUUAUUAAGUAAAAAGGGAAUUUUGAUUCACUCUUUGUAACACUCAGCUUGUCAAAGGCGCAGAGAAAUAUUGAUUCUGGUGAGUUACUGGAGACUAGGAAGAAUGCAAUUAAAUCAUAGGGCUCAUUUUUCUAACACUCAACUUAGGGCUCAUAUUUAGUCAUCUAAGUUCAUAUUUAAAUAAAAGUUAUCUAUAAAAUUAUAUAUACUUAUUUUGAGUG